AUGGAGUUGUCUGAGUCUGUUCAGAGAGGGCUGCAGUCUCUCGCCGAUCCGUCCGCCUUCGACCAGAGCAGCUACCAGGUGCUGGUGGACGUGUCGUUCCGGAGCCUGCUCUCCUCUCACGCCGACCCCGGAGUCCUCGACCAGCCCGAGCUGAAGCGGGUCGACCAGAUCCGGCUCAAACAGAGUCACACUGCGGCGACCACCUUCAUACUGGAGGCGGUGAAACACAACGCAGACGAGUCCACGAUAAGCUCCUGCCUGGAAGAACUCUCAUUCAGUGCAGACAGAAUAGAAGUAUUCUAUAGCACACAUCAGAAACAUAGAAGAGAACUCCAGCUUCUUUUAGCAAGCAUUGGAAGGUGUCCACCUCAGAUCAACGACGCGUCAUGGCGUCUACAAUACCACGUGAAGAACGAUCAGGUCAAUAAGGUCAACGAGCCUUUCUACCUGAUUGCAUUGAACACAGAGAAUAAAGGAUCCUCGGAGGAUAUCAACUUCACCUGCACAGUGGAGCAGCUACAGGAUUUGGUGGGAAAGCUCAAAGACGCUGCCAAGAGUGUGGAGAAAGCCAGUCAGAUGAAUUGUUGUUCACCUCUCUCAACGAUGCAUCGGACGACCAGGAUAAAGAUCACCGAACUCAAUCCCCACCUCAUGUGCGUCCUGUGCGGAGGAUAUUUCAUAGAUGCCACGACCAUCAUCGAAUGUCUUCACUCAUUUUGCAAGAUGUGCAUUGUGCGCUACCUGGAAGCCAGCAAAUACUGUCCCAUCUGUGAUGUACAAGUGCAUAAAACGAAGCCUCUGCUCAAUAUUAGGUCUGACAAAACUCUGCAGGACAUUGUGUACAAGCUGGUCCCCGGCCUCUUCAAAAAUGAAAUGAAGAGGAGGAGAGACUUUUAUGCGGAGCACCCCGUAGAUGCCUCGAAUGGAUCAAAUGAGGAUCGUGGAGAGGUGGCAGACGAGGACAAGAGGAUUAUUACAGAUGAUGAGAUCAUCAGCCUCUCUAUUGAAUUCUUUGAUCACUGCAGACUGGGAGGUUCAAUGGAGGACAAGCAGUCUAAAGAUCACAAUAUGGUGGCAAACAAAAGGUACCUGCAGUGUCCAGCAGCCAUGACGGUCAUGCAUCUGAGGAAGUUUCUGCGCAGCAAAAUGGACAUCCCAAAUGCCUACCAGGUUGAAGUCAUGUAUGAAGACGAACCUCUGAAAGAUUACUACACUUUAAUGGACAUAGCAUACAUCUACACUUGGAGAAGAAACGGCCCGUUGCCGCUGAAGUACCGAGUCCGACCCAGUAAGAAGAUGAAGGUGAGCCACGCGCAGCAGGAAGGCCAGAACAGCGCGAGCAGAUCCGGUCCCGAGAGCGAUUCUGCAAGCGACAAAGCCGGAAGUCCCGCCGGGGCUCCGUCCACGUCCUCGUCGUUGCCGAGCCCGGCAACGCCUGCGCAGUCCCCGCACCCCCAGCUCCCGCACGGCCCAUUAAAGUCAACGGGACCCCGGCCGCCAGCGCCAGGACCCCCGCCCCCUCCGACCCCCAGUCGGCCCUUCACUCAGUUCGGCGGCGGCGGCAGCAGCGGCAUUAAGCCCCGGAAGGUCUCACUGAACGGCGCGUCGACCUCCUCCGGAUGACGCGUGACUCCGGACCCAACCAGCCAACGCCAGACACCCCGCUCAGCUAAUAGGCCUACUAUUCUCAUGCAACGUAGUUCCAUUGUAUAGACAAUGUUAUCUCUUUUUCUCUCUCCAUUUGUUAUUCUAAAUAUUAUGGCAUCACAUGUAACUUUAUGACGUAUAGUGGAGUCGGAGACAUUUUUAAAAUAAAAGGAACAAGGAUGUCUGGUGGCUUUGUAAGGCAUAAUGGAAGCACAUGUUGAUGUUUGGGGAAAAGAGAUGGACAAAGUCUUUAUCCCCAAAGCUACAUCUUUAUUUUACAGAAGUGACUGAAGAUAUACUUUUAUAUUUUCUUCUACAUUUUUUCAGAUUAAACGUGUUUAUCAUGAUUUAUUUCAUGUGUGUUGGGAUAUUUUUAAAACUGUCUGUUUAAACAUGCAUGCUCAUGAUAACACUUUUUUAUUUUUCUUUUUUCUUUUAUAAAAGAGGAUUCUGCGUGUUUGCCCCAAGAAGUCUGGUGUUGAUGGGG